AUGGGUGCUACUCGCUUGCCCAACAACAAGUUGGAAAAUGUCGCAGUCCCGAAGACUGCAUUCUGCUAUGCUUCCUCCACGUCAGCGAGUGAAUCCGUCAGGUACACCGCUCCAAGCUGGCACAACUCAUCCCUGGGCGACUUUUUGCAGACUGAGAAUACGAAUUACUCAUUAGCGAGCCCAGGAUGGGACCGCGAGAUUUAUCCUUUGGGCCUCCAGAACUAUUCUAUACCACCACACAAUCACCGGUCAUCAUUUGACUACCCGCAGGAGACCGAGAGCGUGAGAAAUACACCAUCUAGCUUAAGAUGGACUCCGGGUACCGACUUCGUGAAGCUGUAUAAAUUUAUAGUGCCAAAGGACAAGUCACCAGGCUUCGAGUUGCAAGAGAAGUGGACACCAACUUUUGGAACUCAGCUCAAGGUAUAUCCGGAUGAGCCAACGGGUUGCAAAAAGAAUCAAGUUCCUUGCCAAUACCCCGGGUGUAAUGGAAAGGUGAGAAAUUUCGAUCGACCACCUGAUCUCGAAAGCCACUAUAAGAAUGCCAACGACAGCGAAAAUGGUUCGUUCUUCUGCGACUAUUCGAAGUGUCCUUGUUCCCAAGAUUCGUCAUUUUCGCGGAAAGACCACUUCAGAGACCGUCUUCGAGGCUUCCGUAAGGAGGAUAUUGCUUGUGCCGAAGCCGAGAAGUCAUCUAGGGAUAUGGGUCACCAGAAGCGGCAGAAAGGGCAAAGGCGUUGGCUGUCCGAGCGCAAUAUCGGCUACAAGUAUUGGCGAUGUGCCAGGUGCCUUGUCAAGAACUAUCUUUCGCAGGGGGGUCGGGAAUGUCCUUCCUGCAAAAGUCCCUGCAAAGAAGACCACAUCACAUCUCGCAAAAAGCUUUCCGAGAAUGGGGACGACAUGAAAAUACGCGAGGUAAUCACUGUCCUUGAGCUGGCUCCCGGAUAUCCUCAAGAGGCCGAUCCCAAUACCAUUUACACUUGGCUUAAUUCAGUCUAUGGGGAGACAUUUGAGUUUGUCCCGAAAGGUCCUGAUAAAGAGGAUGACAAAAGUUCCAUGCAACAAGCCGGGCAGCCAGCCAAACAGGAAGAUAAAUUGAUUUUGGGGGAGGAAGAUGAACAAAAACAAGAAAAUAAUAGUCGGCCUUGA